GGCUCCAUCGGCCGCCCGCCUCGCACGCUUCCUGUAAUCCCGUUGGAGGAGGAAGCCAGUUACCACCUCCCGUCUCCCUCUCUUGCGGUGGUGGAUUUCUUGCCGACGUUUCCGUCCCCCUCUCUCGCUCUCCCUCUCCGCAGUCCAGAAUCCUCUGCUCCGCCCGAAUCGCCGCCGCUUCUUCCGAACCGGUGGCGCGGCCGCGGAGCCCUAACCCCUAACGCGUGCUGUGACAUCUCCGGCUGUGACAAGGCAGUGGGGGCCUCCGGGGACCUCAUUUUCCGCAAGUGGAAUCCGCUGCUCCACCCGAAUCGCCUCCGCGUCUUCCGAGUCGGUGGCGCGGCCGCGAGCCCUAAACCUACGGCGUGCUGCGACGUCACCGGCGGUCUCGAGGCAGUCGGGGUUCUCCGGGCGGCCAUGUCGAUGGACUCGGUCAUCUCCUCGCGCAGCGGCGCCGACUACAGGAGCUUCCGCCAGAUCACCCGGGAUCGUUUAUUAUUUGAAAUGUUGAGAUCAACGAAGAAGAGCUCAAAAUCGGCAUGGAAGGUUCUUAUCAUGGACAAACUUACGGUGAAGAUUAUGUCAUUUUCUUGCAAGAUGGCAGAUGUGAUGGAAGAAGGUGUUUCAUUGGUUGAGGACUUAUACAUGCGGAGGCAACCAUUACCAUUGAUGGAUGCAAUUUAUUUCAUUCAACCAACUAAGGAAAACAUUCGCAUAUUCAUGUCCGACAUGUCAGGGAAAAUACCACUGUAUAAGAAAGCCUAUGUGUUUUUCAGUUCACCCGUACAAAGAGAGUUGGUGGCCCAAAUAAAAAAAGAUUCAAAUGUUAGAGCACGCAUAGGUGCACUCAGUGAGAUGAAUCUGGAAUAUUUUGCUAUCGAUAGCCAGGGCUUUACAACUGACCAUGACAAGGCCCUAGAAGAGCUAUUUAGUGAAAAUGCAGAAGGUUCACUCAAGUAUAACUCUUGCCUUAACAUGAUGGCCACUCGUAUUGCUACAGUAUUCGCAUCAAUGAGGGAAUUUCCUCGUGUGCACUAUCGUGUUGCCAGGACGAUUGAUGCUUCUACUUUGACAACACUACGAGAUUUGGCACCCACAAAGCUUGCUGCUGGUGUGUGGAAUUGCCUUGCAAGAUUUAAGGCUAUGAUACCUGAAUUCCCUCAGACUGAAACAUGUGAAUUACUUAUCGUAGACCGAUCAAUAGAUCAGAUCGCACCAAUUAUUCACGAAUGGACCUAUGAUGCCAUGUGUCAUGAUCUACUCUGCAUGGAUGGCAACAAGUAUGUACAACAGGUCCCAAGCAAGUCUGGUUCAGGCACUGAGAACAAGGAGGUUUUGUUGGAGGAUCAUGAUCCAAUAUGGCUUGAGCUUCGGCAUGUACAUAUAGCCAAUGCUAGUGAAAGAUUGCAUGAGAAGAUGACCAAUUUUGUAUCAAAAAACAAAGCUGCUCAACUACAUCAAGCAAGAAAUGGUGGAGAUUUAUCAACCAAAGAGUUGCAAAAAAUGGUUCAAGCUCUUCCGCAGUACAGUGAUCAAAUUGACAAGCUUGCGCUUCAUGUUGAGAUUGCUGGAAAGCUCAAUAGCACAAUUAAAGAGCAACAAUUGAAAGAUGUUGGGCAGCUUGAGCAAGAUCUUGUGUUUGGUGAUGCUGGGACAAAAGAACUCAUAAAUUUCUUCAGGACACAUUUGGAUAUCAGUCGUGAAAAUAAGCUGCGUUUGCUUAUGGUUUAUGCUGCCAUCAAUCCAGAUAAAACUCGAAGUGAUAAGGGUGCAAAGUUGAUGCAGCUCGCAGGAUUAUCUGCUGAUGACAUGAUUGCAGUGAGUAAUAUGCGUUGCCUUUGUGGGCAUGAUUCUAAAAAGUCUUCGGCAGGUGGCUUUACUCUGAAAUUUGAUCUACGUAAGAAAAGGCAUGGUAUCAGAAAGGAGCGGAUAGGAGAAGAAUCAAAAUGGAUGUUGUCCCGGUUUUAUCCCAUCCUGGAGGAGUUGAUUGAGAAACUUAGCAAGGGUGAGCUACCAAAAGAUGAGUAUCACUAUUUGAAUGACCCUAGUCCUAGUUUCCGGGGAAUUCCAAGUGCAUCUACCCAAACAAGCCCAGCUCACCAGCCAGCUCAAUCCAUGAGAUCUAGAAGGACAGGUGGCACAUGGGCCAGGCCUCGAGACUCUGAUGAUGGGUAUUCAAGUGACUCGGUACUGAAGCACACAUCAAGUAAUAGCAGAAAGUUGGGUCAGCGAUUAUUUGUUUUUGUUAUUGGUGGUGCUACUCGAUCUGAGUUAUGUGCUGCUCACAAGCUAUCAUCAAAACUGAAGAGAGAAAUUAUCCUUGGCUCCUCUAGUCUUGAUGAUCCACCCCAGUUCAUCACUAAAUUAAAAAUGUUAUCAACCGAUGAUUUGACACUUGACGAUCUACAGAUAUAACAAUAUACAAAGGCCUCUUUCUUGACUUUCUCUUUUAUAAUCAUUUGCUGAUCUUUUUUCUAUUAUAGAACUCUAUGAGUGCGCAUAUAACGUUGUGUCGAAAAGUUUACACAGGUUCCCAUUAAACUACAGGCUUACAGCCUAGUGUGCCUAUAAUAUAGCAGUGUGCCAGAAACUGUAUUAUGAGAUUGGUGGACAAUAUGUUCGUUAUCGUGUACUUCACUAAUUUCUUUCUUCUUUUGGACGCGAA